AGGGGGCGCCGGCGAUCGCGGGCCGUCAUACCACUCCGCGUUCCCAGCGGCGCCGCUUGUCCGCUCCGCGUGUGCCGUGCCGUGCCGUGCCAUAUUGUCCUGGGUUGCCGAAAACCGCCAAGAUUCGGGUAAAGAAUCGUGACCCGGUGCCGGCGUAUGCCAUGGCCGACGCCGACCGUGACUCAGAUCUCGGAGACGACAGUCCCGUGUCAGCGCGGUCAGAGGGUGAAUCGUCAGGCGAGCAGUCCUGCGAGAGCUCCGACGAGGGAGUCGGCCGGGACGCGCCCCACCAGGCCCCCCACCAGCCCCAGCACCAGCCCAUCCAGCACCCGCCGCUGCACCAGCCGCAGCACACCAUGAACCACCACGCCGUCAACCAUCAGACCAUGAACAAUCAUCAGUUGAAUCACCAUCAGAGGAAUUCGCCUCGCCCACUUGAGAGGGAGUUGAAGGUCCGCGACGAUUUUGAGUCGCUGAAAUCCUCGCUGCAUCCGCAUCUAUCCUCGCUGGCGUCUCUCGCGCAGGGAGCUCCGCUAUCGGCGCCGACGAGCGUGUUCGCUCUGGCCAGCGGCGGAGCCCCCGGGGGCUUCCCGUACGCCCCGCCGGCGUUUCUGGCUCCCGCGCCGCCACCGCCUGCGCAACCAGCGGGCUCUGCGUCAUCUUCGUCUUCCGAGGGCAGCGCUGCGGGUUGGAGCUUUGAGGAACAGUACAAGCAGGUUCGUCAGUUGUACGAAAUCAGCGACGACCCCCAACGGAAGGAAUUCUUAGAUGACCUCUUCUCCUUCAUGCAAAAACGAGGUACACCAAUAAACCGGCUGCCGAUAAUGGCGAAGUCGGUGCUGGAUCUGUACGAGCUGUAUAACCUGGUGAUCGCGCGCGGCGGGCUCGUCGAGGUGAUCAACAAGAAGCUGUGGCAGGAGAUCAUCAAGGGGCUGCGGCUGCCGUCUUCCAUCACCUCCGCUGCCUUCACCCUGCGCACACAAUACAUGAAGUACCUGUAUGACUACGAGUGCGAGAAGAAGAACUUGUCCACUCGCAGCGAGUUGGACGCGGCCAUCGAAGGCAACAAGCGCGAGGGGCGGCGAGCGUCCGGCCAGUACGACGCGCAGGCGGCGCUGGCAAUGCCCCCGCUGAACCGGGUGCCGGCGUCGCUGGCGCAGCUCUCGCAGCACAUGCAGCCCCUCUCGCUGUCCCUGGGCGGAGUGCCGCGCCUGCCGCCGCUGCCGCCGCAUGCGCCGCACAUAUCCCAGCACGACAUCGAGUACAGAGUGCGCGAGUACAUGAAGAUGAUACAGACUCAGAGGGAGCUGAUGAGGAAUGGUUCGGAAUCGCCCCCCGGCUCCGGGCCUACCCCCAUGAUGUCGCCGCGGGACGCCGCCGCGCUCAGCGCCAUCGACGUGUCGCGGCUCACGCUGUGGUCGCUCUACAACAACAACAACAACAGCCCGCAGCCCGACCUCGAGCCACAACGCGAGGCCCUGAACCUGAGCGAGAGCCCCAACUCGUCGCUGACGGGCAUCAAGCGCGAGGCGUGCCGCUCGCCGCCGCCGCCCGCCAAGCGCCGCACGCCGCGCCCCGCCUCCCCCUCGCCCACCCUCCGCGCGCCCUCCCCUCCCCGCCCCAGCAGCCUGCCGCCGCAGGUCAACGGGAACGGCGUCAAUGGCGCCGCGUUCAAGAUUACCACCAGAGGAGACGCCAGCACGGGAGACCAGCAACUGGUCGUCUCCAUCGAGCUGAACGGUGUCACGUACGAAGGCGUCCUCUUCCCCUCACAAAACGCCAGUGGACAAAACGGCCACAGGCAAAUGGUAUCCUAGGCAGCUCGCUUUGCUCUUAAGGUCGAAAUUCCCAUUCUCAGGUCCUGAUCGUUUAAUGCAGGGAAAUGUUAGAUGUGUUAUGCUUUUGAAUGUUUACGGCUAGCCCUAUGUGGGGUUAGACGCUUGCCAAGACGCUGUCUCUGUAGAUAUAAAGAUCGGACGCUUGGUAAAGGUCGAACUCUGAGCUUAGCCUAAGGGAAGGUAUGACACGGUCUAAGAGUCUCAGAUCGAAACAAAUUGGCAUAUUCAGAAACGCUUUCCCCAGUCUCUCUUGAAAGCAUAUCAUUAGACAUAUAAUUUCGUAGUUUAGAUCUCAAAGUAAUUUAACAUUACAUAUCAUCACACGUAGGUUCGUACGCUUGGGACUGGUAAUCUAGCUCUUUCUUCAGUUCAUUCAACUCGAAUGUUUCAAACCAAGUACAAAACUCUGAUCAUACCUACAAGUAAAAUACUUUAGAUUCAUUUUCUAUUGUGAUUUAAGUUUUUGUACUUCGAAGUAUUUACGGUUCUCGAAUAAGUAUUAUAAGUGUCACUGCCGAAGAAGCGUGAAGUUAUUUAUUAAUAAUAAUUUCAUAUUUUUGUUAUUGUAUGAUAUUUUAAUAUUAAUAUUUUUUUAUAAAAGCGGAGGAGUGACUUUUUGUAAAUAUAGUUUUACGUUAUUUAUAAUUCGUUUAGGCAUUGACGGAUGUUUGGUCGGUGUGUCCGAUGGUUUUAUUUGUGAUGUACAUUUCUGUAAAUACUUGUGUAGAGACGUUUUAUACACCGCCAUAUAUUGCGUAGGUAUGAUUGUGAUUUAAUAGUUUUCUUAAACUGGUGUAUAUUUUAUACUUGUGUCGAUGUCAUAAUUGUAUUUAAUGAUAGGUAGGUCUACGGUAGUCGCUCGGGCCGCGUUUUCUUUACCCGAAAGAAAAAUAUUACCAUAAAGACAGAAUACCUCUACCUACUCUUCUCUGUAAACAAUGAAAAUUUCCUCUGAUAUUUUAAAUUGGAUGAGAUUCACGAUAUAUCUAAUUAUUAAAUGAGAAAAGCCUAAAACAACGCUUCGGGAAACUUGUUCGAUUUCAACGGUCGAGUGGAAAAAAUUCUCAAUUUAAGAGUUUUUAAACUCGAAGAUAACAGCUUUAGGCUGGAUAAUGAUUGGCAGCAUCGCUUAGUGACGCAGCACGCAACUGUUCGGCGAACCGCCACGGCAACGUUUGACAAUUACAAAACGCCUGGGCUGUAACUGCAAAAAUUGAUACCAAAAUUCCCUAUCUCCAUCUCUGUUGUUCUUGCCUGAAAACAGGCAGGAAGUAGAGGAAUGACUUCAUGGUAGCCCCAUGCUCUGUCACGUCGCGAUUUUGCAGGUCAUUUCUCAGCCGGAGUGAGGGUGGCUCGAAUAAUUAGUUUUCAUUCGGUCAGUGAAAACGCAGCUUUAAUAGAAUAACUUUAAAUGCAUUGUAUUCAUAACGAUUCACUGAAUAAUUAACUCAACAAUUCGAUUUUGGUAAACUUUCGUAAUGAAAGCAAUCUUGCUUAUUUUUGAAUUUUCUACAUUGAUAUAUCUGGCAAUAGGACAUUAAGACAGUUUUUUAAUCGCAUUGGAUUUUAUUAAGUAAAAGCCUAAAGAAUAAUAAUAAGUUUGACUAAAAUAUUGUUUUAAUGUUCAUGCCAGUAAGCCUUCAUAUUUUGUUAGUCCUGAAAUGUUAUGCAUGUCGUUCUAUUGUGAAUCGAAUAUGAUUAUAUAUACAAGAUCGAAUAAGUCAUAUUAUGUCUUUGAGGGCAUAUUUCAUGUCUAAAUAAUUUAAAAGCUUAUUAAACCCGUUUCACAUUGAUUAAAUUAUACUGAUAGGCUACAUGCGUAACGUGACCUAUUACAAGCAUAGUUUUGUGCAAUAAAAUCCCAAACGAAAUUGCUGUUUAAAUAAACUCAAAUUAAACUGGUAAUUGCAAUAAUUGUAUUAAUAUUAAGCGUAGCGUUACUCUGUAAAAAGCUUUGUAAUUAAUUUAGACUGAAUUAUUUUAAAAUAGUGUUGUAGGUAAAUGUUUUAUAACUGUCUAAUUUAAAAGUUUAAAUUAAAAUGUACAAUUCAGUUGUGAGGUACAUGUCUGGGCGAUGUACGCUCAGUAGACGUAGUAAUAGUACAUUCCCGAAGAUGUACAAUAUGUUAGGAACACUUGAACAGUACUAGGCCUACAUAUAUAACUAGGUAGCGGCCAGAAUAGCGCGUUAGCGUAUUGCGUAUUACACCAAAAAUUUUGAUGUAUUCAAAUAACUAUAUAUGAUUAAAUAAUGAUUACAUAAUAUCAAA